AAAACAACAGCUUUAUAUACCAACCAAGUAAAAAGUUUCCUCCAUAAUUGUCCAAUCUUGAGCAUAAACUCUAAAUAAUUUCUCAUUCAUGGAGUCUCAUAUUGCCAUUUUCCCAACUCCAGGAAUGGGCCAUCUCAUCCCACUAGUAGAAUUUGCCAAAAAACUUGUUCAGAAACACAAUUUUAUGGUAAAUUUCAUCAUCCCAAAAUUCCCAACUGAUGGGCCUCUCUCAAAUGCACCAAAAUCCUUUUUCGAAAAUCUCACACCUCGUAUAGACUAUGUUGUUCUUCCCCCUGCCAAUUUGGAUGAUUUGUCCGAGGAUGUUAAGAUUGAAACUCGUAUUGGUCUCACUAUUGCACAUUCCCUUUCAUCCCUUCGUGAUGCUGUUAAAUCAUUGAUUUCGACUAAAAAGUUUGUGGCUUUUGUGGUUGAUUUGUUUGGGACUGAUGCAUUUGGUGUUGCCAAUGAAUUCAAGAUUCCUCCAUAUAUUUUCUUUCCCUCUACGGCCAUGUGUUUGUCACUUUUCUUAAACUUGUCGAAGCUAGAUGAAUCUGUGUCGUGUGAGUAUAGAGACAUGUCUGAGAAGGUUCGGAUCCCCGGUUGCAUGCCGAUUCAUGGGUCGGAUCUUUUGCAACCGGUUCAGGACAGGAAAAAUGAUGCAUACAAAUGGGUUCUUCAUCAAUCAAAGAGAUACAGAAUGGCAGAAGGGAUUGUUUUGAACAGUUUCAAGGAAUUGGAGCCAGGUACCAUUGAGUAUUUGCAAGAACCAGAAACUGGUAAGCCUUCUGUUUAUUGCAUAGGACCCUUGAUUCGAAUGGGCUCAGAAUCUGAAAACAAUGAAGAAUCUGCGUGUUCGAAAUGGCUGGAUGAACAGCCAAGUGGCUCAGUUUUGUAUAUAUGUUUUGGGAGUGUUGGGACCCUGUCCCAUGAACAGAUAACUGAAAUUGCGUUCGGAUUAGAGAUGAGUGAACAAAGGUUUUUGUGGGUUCUUAGAUCUCCAAGUAAUACAACUGCCAAUGCUACAUAUUUCAGUAUUCAAAAUUCUUGUGAUCCUUUGGCUUAUUUGCCACAAGGGUUCUUGGAUAGGAACAAGGGACGUGGACUAGUGGUGCCUUCAUGGGCACCACAGGCACAAAUUCUUAGCCACGGUUCAACCGGUGGUUUUUUGUCACACUGUGGUUGGAAUUCAACUCUUGAGAGUGUUGUUAAUGGUGUACCAUUAAUUGCUUGGCCACUCUAUGCAGAACAAAGAAUGAACACAGUGAUGUUGACUGAGGACAUGAAAGUAGCCUUAAGGCCAAAAUUCAAUGAUAAUGGUCUGGUGACGAGAUUUGAAAUUGUGAAAAUUGUGAAGACUUUGAUGGAAGGAGAAGAAGGAAAAGAGAUUCAGAGUCGAAUGAGAGAUCUUAAGGAUGCAGCUGCAAAAGUUCUUAGCGACAAUGGAUCUUCAACAAAGUCACUCGCGGAAAUGGUUACCAAGUGGAAAAGUGAAAGUAAUGUAUUCAGUAAUUGAAUUAUGUUUCUUUAUAAUUGGGUAGGGCUUAUUUGUGGGUUGUUAAUCAUGAACUAGAAUUUUGUUUAUUGUACUAUCGUCUUUUUCUUUAGACUCCUUUUUCAUAACAAUUAUGAUACGAUAUGAAAUUAAAUGAAUAAAUUAUGUAGUAUGAAAUGUGUUAGAAUUGGGUUGUGACCUAAAUUCUUGUCAAUUCUUGAUGAGUAUUUGAUUGAAAAUACUGUAGGACGAGUAUUAGGAAUUGGUGGUAGACUUGAAGAUGUUUUGAAGGAGUCCUUUGACUCCUAUUCCAUUCCAAUUCUCCAUUAUUAGUUUUAUCUAUAGUAUUGAAACUUCACCUCAUAUUAAACUCUUCAUGUAUUAUAUAGUUAUAAAUAUGUGGUGUACUACA